UUUUAUAUUUACUUUCGUCUUGCAUUUACUCAGUUGUUUUUAUUGCAAAUUUGUGAUAAUAUUUUGCGAUUUUCAUCUUAAAAAGCCAUCUAAUUAAAGAAUAAUAAUGAAGAAGAAAGAUGAUGAUGUUGAAUGUUUGAUAAGCGGCGAUUCCGAUGAUAGCGAUGAUGACGCUUUACUACAAUCUAAAGAACUGGAAAACCUUGAGCCAAAAGAUGUUACUAAUUCUUUUAUCCGUGACAAACAGCAAAUGGAUCAAGACGAUGACGAACUUCCAGCACUUUUACCUGACGAUUCGGAGCCCAGCUCAACUGCGGUAAACUCAUUUAAAAAGAUACAAGUUGCAGUACCGCCCAAAGAAAAUGGAGUACGACGUAAUUUGAAUGAAGCGGAAAGUAAUGAUAUUUUAUCAGUGAGGACUAAUGAGGAAAGAGGUGGUGGUGGUCAAAGUCAACCCACAUUUUAUUUGCGUUCGCGUACAGCCGCUGUAAAUGCAGCGGCGCUUAAAGAUGCCCUCUAUGAGAGUUUGGACUACGAUGUCUGUGAUAAUGUGCUAUUCAAAGAAGCACAAAAAAGUACGAACAAUGCACGAUUUAACAUUCGCAAAGACAUUUUGCGUUGGAUAAUAUUUAUACAAAUUGGCAUAGUGACUGCCCUCGUCGCCUGUGUUAUAGACAUACCCAUUGAAGAAUUGUCGGCAGUAAAAUACACGUUUCUGAAAAACUCCGUUGACAAUAACGUAGAUGCAAACAUGAACCCCGGAGGGAAUUUAGUCAUACCAUAUCUCUAUUGGAUGGCUAUGAGUAUUGUGCCUGUGGUGUUAGGUGCAGCGCUGGUAACUUAUGUGGAGCCAAUUACAGCAGGCAGCGGUAUGCCCCAAGUAAAAAGCUAUCUUAACGGUGUGAAAAUUCCGCGCAUUGUACGCAUCAAAACGCUGGCUGUAAAGGCGGUGGGCGUAGUAACAGCAGUGGUAGGCGGUUUAGUUGGAGGCAAGGAAGGACCAAUGGCUCAUGCGGGUGCGGUGGUAGCUGCCGGCAUUUCGCAAGGCAAAAGUACCACCUUUGUGAAGGACUUUCGUAUUUUUCGCGACUUUCGAGAUGAUCAUGAGAAACGUGAUUUUGUAUUGGGUGGCGCGGCUGCUGGUGUUGCUGCAGCUUUCGGCUCGCCGAUCGGAGGAAUGCUAUUCUCCUUGGAAGAGGCUGCAAGUUUUUGGAAUCAAUAUCUCAUUUGGCGUACGCUCGUUGCGUCGAUUAUAAGCUCAUUCACCCUAAAUAUUGUGCUAUCCGCAUAUCACGGAUUGAAUAACUUCACGUUUACUGGUCUCUUUAAUUUGGGCAAAUUCGAACAACCAGUUACUUUUGCUUAUUACGAAUUGCCUAUCUUUAUGCUAUUCGGUGUAACCGGUGGUAUAUUGGGUGCUACGUGGAACUCAUAUAACACACAUAUCAAUCGAUUUCGUGCACGUUUCGUUAAGUUCAAAUUUGCACGCAUAUUGGAAGCAGCGCUUGUGGCAGUGAUUGGCGUGACAUUGGCUUGUAUUAUGAUAUUUUUUAUAAAUGAUUGCCGUCCACUCGGAAAUGAUCCUACGGAUUAUCCAGUACAGUUAUUCUGUGAGGACAAUGAAUAUAAUGCUGUGGCAGCACUUUGGUUCCAAACACCUGAGGCGACAGUACGUUCCCUGUUUCACGAUCCACCAGGUUCGCAUAAAAUAUUGACGCUUGCCGUUUUCACGAUAGUUUAUUACUUUCUGGCCUGCGUUACUUUCGGUUUAAAUGUGUCUCUUGGCAUAUUUAUACCGACCGCUUUAGUUGGAGCUGCAUGGGGCCGAUUAGUUGCCAUGGUUAUUUUCUACAUUUUCCCUGAAGCGACUUUUUUGAAUCCUGGCAAGUAUGCGCUUAUCGGCGCUGCAGCAAAUUUAGGUGGCGUGCUGCGUAUGACCAUCAGUUUAUCGGUCAUACUUCUGGAGACAACAGGUAUCGAAACAUCAUUCUUUUUUCCCUUAAUUGUGACUUUGAUUAGUGCAAAAUGGGUGGGCGACUACUUUACUGAGGGCAUCUAUGACAUACAAAUUAAAAUGAGUUGUGUACCGGUGUUGCCGUGGGAACUACUUCCCAAGUAUAAGGGGCUUAAAGCAUCACAGUUGAUGAGUUCACCUGUAAUCUGCAUUAAGAAAUGUGACAGUGCCAAAUAUAUUUACAAAGUGCUGCGACGUUGCAAGCACAACGGUUUCCCAGUUGUGGAGGAUGUACAGGAUAAUAAUCGAGAAAAUGGACGUGUUUGCGGCAUAGUGUUGCGUUCGCAAUUAAUAGUAAUUUUACUGAACUCGUUUUAUGAGGAAAAGAAGCGAUUUUGGGAGAAAGAGAUUUCAAUACAAACGUUCCGAAACGUUUAUCCCCGCUAUCCGUCCAUUGAUAGCGUGCGCAUGCUGCCCGAGAAGCAAAACUAUACAGUGAAUUUGGACAUAUUCAUGAAUCCAUCACCAGUGCGAGUCAGCGAAAAUGACUCAGCAUCGAAGAUAUUUAAUAAGUUCCGUGCGCUCGGCCUGCGACAUAUGAUUGUGAUUGAUAGAGAAAAUCGUGUUGUCGGUAUUAUUACACGCAAAGAUUUUCUAUAUAAGUAGUGACUAUAUCCAUAAUAAGUAUAAGUUUAAGCGUGCCUCUAAGAUUUGACACAUUUUACGAUUUUAAUUAUUUCGCAUUUUAAUUAGUGCUUUUUUUUUCAAAUGGUGUGCAUUACAUGAAGCGAUAUAUUUGAAACAGAGACCAUUAUUUAUUUACUAACGUAUACACCAGAGAGCAGAAGAGCACCAGCUUAUUGAGUAACUCGGUUUUUUUUUAUUUCUUACUCUCUCAACCACUCAGUGCUCUGUUAACUUAACAUGCGUUGGCAUUCAAAUAAAAAAGUCAAGUGGUUGAUUUUACUAACGAGUUGGAAACUGUAGGUCCUUCCCUUGGUCUCUCCAUUUGUGGAACAACAUCAACUCGAACGCUACAAAUAGUAGGAGGAGCUCGGCCGAAUACCUCACAGAAGUGUACGCGCCAAUUUAUUUAUUUAUUUACAUGACAUCUUUGAUGUAGUUUACGUAUGAAUCGGAAAUUAAUCCUAUAACUGGCUGUCUUGUGACACCUACCUUGUUUUAACUUACAUAAAUACAUUACAUCAGUCCCAUGUUGUUGUUGUUGUAGCAGCAUAAACAUUCGCCAUACAUGUACAGGGAAUGCUGCUUGAAUGACAGUCCUUGGCCGGAUAUAAAUCUGGGUCGUGCCGGUAAGGUAGAACCGACUGUAGUGGGACUGUCCCAUAUUUAGUAGCGGUGGAGAUAAAAUUGUGUGCAUGUUUUCGAUUCCUUUAUCACCCAUUAUUUUAUAUGGACGGCAAUUUUGGGUAUUCCAUCUGGUGACUGCUUCCACAGCUCCUUUACGGUUUUAUUUUCUACGUACACCACCAAGUUAGGAAUUUCUUUUCCGAUAUCAUUUUUGACACACCCAAAAGCCUUGUUUUCGCAAAUUUUAAAGUUAGUUGCUUAUUUAUUAUUUGCAAGUAACAGCAUUUACGGUAUCCUUUCAACUUCUGCAGUUACACUAAGGUCGUCAAAUUACUUGCAGGCAGCACUUCGCGCAAAGGCAAGGAAAUGAUGCUGGCGAAAUUUAAAGCAAUUGACCGGUCGGUACUAAAUUACGCUCCACGCACAUGAUUCACAGUGGAUUAGCUCCAAACUUGUAAAAAUACUGCUAUCAGGACAGCCACG